GCAAGCCAUACAAGGCCACGGUAGCGAGUGCAGUGGACGGUGGUCAAGCGGAGCGGACGGCGUUGUUUGGGGGAGUGUCAGUAUGGAUUCCCCCUCUCUGUCACGGGAUACAUCGGGGGACACCGACAGCAGCUCCACCGACGGAUCCACCUCCGGGGGAAGCAUAAGGCGGAAAGGUGUCCCAUACAUUCCAAGUUACAUGGACCUGACCAAUGGACCGGAGCCAUGCGUGGUGUGUUCCGACGCCGCUACGGGCUACCACUACCGCUGCAUGACAUGUGAAGGUUGCAAGGGCUUUUUUCGACGGACUAUUCAGAAGAAUUUGAAAUAUCAUUGUAAAUGGAACGGGAAUUGCGUCAUUGACAAAACAACACGGAACCAGUGCCAAGAAUGCCGUUUCCAGAAGUGUGUGAGGGUCGGCAUGGCAACUGACUUGGUGCUAAACGAAAGACAACGAAAAGCUAAACGGAAACUGAUCGAAGAGAAUCGAGAACGCAGAAAACAGGACAACAUAAAGGACUUGAGACUGGACACUGCGGACAAUGUCCCCGAACACAUGUCGGACAGGGACAGGUCGCUGAUAGCAGACAUUUGUGGCGCAUAUGAAGCCACGCGGAUCAAGACGCCCAACAUCCGUUUUCCCCUGCCGGAGUACGAUACCAGCCAGACCUCUGAGGCGGAGGCUUGGCAGCAGUUGGCGGAGGUGAUGACACCGUCUAUUGUCAAAGUUGUGGAGUUCGCCAAAGGAGUGCCAGGUUUUGUACAGUUGAACGUGGACGACCAGAUUCUGCUUCUCAAGUCGUGCUGCAUGGAGGUGAUGUGUCUGCGGGCGGCAUGCAGGUUCGAUGCCAGGACACAGUCCCUCAUUUUACCAAACGGCCUCACUGUACACAAGUCGGCUCUCCACAAAGGCUCUCUUGGAGUAUUGGUGGAACCUAUAUUUGAGUUCGCUCUUGGGCUGGCUAAAUUAGAGCUCGACCAGACGGAGGUGGCGCUCCUGGCAGCUGUGUUGCUGAUGCAGUCAGAUCGAUCCGGAUUGAAAGAACCCGAAGCAGUAGAAAAAUUGCAAGAUGCCAUUUUGGGAGCAUACAAGCGUUACAUUGCCGAAAAUCGACCACACCAACCAGUUCAUUGGGCCAAAGUACUGAUGAAGGUCACUGACCUACGUACUAUCAGCACCAGGCACGCAGAGCGCGUGUUGUGCGUGCGACUUGAAUCUAAAGGGGAUAUACCACCGAUGUUCCUAGAAAUGUUCCGGGAGAACGAGACCGACAAAUCCUGA